GUCUUAACCUACGCUUUCAUUGCUAUCGUGCGCUUUUUAGCCGGCUUUUUAGUUUCUCUCUCUUUCCUCUCGCGCUUUCUCUCUCUCUCUCUUUCUUCGUCUCCGGUUCGCUCUGAGCUCGUCGGCGACAUCAAAGUUAGUUGGUGAAGCUCACAGUAGGAGUUCAUUGAGGAAAAAGGAUCAUGGGUUGCUUUGGUUGCUGUGAUGAAGAUGAUUUCCAGCAAGCAUCCAAUUAUGGAGCUCCAUAUAAAAACCAUGCAGCCGGUAAUGAUGGUUCUUAUCGAGCCACUGAUUCCGCCCCUAGGGGUGCUCAGGCUGUAAAAGUUCAGCCUAUUGCUGUUCCUGCCGUUACUGCAGAUGAACUCAAGGAGAUUACCGAGAAUUAUUCAAAUAAGACUUUGAUUGGUGAGGGUUCAUAUGGUAAAGUAUAUCAUGGUGUUCUUAGAAUUGGAAGAGCAGCAGCUAUAAAAAAUUUAGAUGCCAGCAAGCAGCCAGACCAAGAAUUUCUGGCACAGGUGUCUAUGGUCUCGAGGUUGAAACAUGAGAAUGUUGUCGAGCUUCUCGGAUAUUGUGUUGAUGGAAACCUUCGCGUCCUAGCUUAUGAGUAUGCAACUAUGGGAUCCCUUCAUGAUAUUCUUCAUGGGCGAAAAGGAGUUAAAGGAGCUGAACCAGGUCCAGUUCUUUCAUGGGCACAGAGAGUGAAAAUUGCCGUAGGGGCUGCAAAAGGUCUUGAAUACUUACAUGAGAAAGCACAACCUCGGGUCAUUCACCGUGACAUCAAGUCCAGCAAUGUUCUUCUCUUUGAUGAUGAUGUCGCAAAGCUUGCGGACUUCGAUUUGUCAAAUCAAGCUCCCGAUGCCACUGCUCGUCUUCACUCUACUCGAGUUCUUGGGACUUUUGGUUAUCACGCGCCAGAGUAUGCAAUGACCGGGCAGCUUAGUACCAAGAGUGAUGUUUAUAGCCUUGGUGUUGUUCUUCUGGAGCUUUUGACCGGCCGUAAACCUGUCGAUCAUACAUUACCACGCGGCCAGCAGAGUCUGGUGACAUGGGCAACACCGAGACUGAGCGAAGACAAAGUAAGGCAAUGUGUUGAUGCUCGGCUAAAUGGCAAUUUUCCUCCUAAGUCAGUUGGUAAGUUCGCUGCGGUUGCUGCUCUGUGCUUGCAGUACGAAGCUGAUUUCCGGCCAAAUAUGAGCAUCGUAGUGAAAGCUCUGCAGCCGCUUUUGAACGCUCGAUCUGGUCAUCCUGGAGAAGGCCAAGCAUACUGAAAAUUUUAUCUCUGUUCUUCCCAUUUGCAGCAAGAAUACACUAUGGAUUUGUCUGCUGGCAAAUGCUUGUAAAUUUUGUAUCCAGGUCUUCCAAACACUAAUAAUAUUUCAAUGUUGUCAGUCUUUGAAUUCA